AUGCCCAAGCAGCACCCCCUCCCCAAUCCCGCCGCGACAAUCCGCAAACAACACUUCCUCCACACCUUCCGGGCCAGCCUCUGCAGAACCUUCCACGACCACGGUCCAGACCACAAACCGAGUGCUUCCUGGCCGUCCUUUGUCUUGCCCAACGACCCGGGCCGGGGCAUGUAUCUGGGGGAGGGUAAUAAUACGCACGCUGCUGCUGCUGCUGCGGUGGUGGUGCCCGUCAAGACGAGUAAUAGCCAGGGGCAGAUCCCUGUGACACCUUGGGUGGUGGGUGAGGGGGGUACUGCUGCUGCUGCUGCUGCUGCUGUUCCUGCAGGGGCUUCUUUGGGAAGGGUUACUUCUGGUCCUGGGCCACAGAGGGCGUUGACCGUCCGUACGCAGGGUUCCCACCACACCUCCCCAAUAUUCCGGCACCACCACCGCAGCACCCCCCCGACCGCCUCCUCCCCCGGUCCAGCCGCCCUUCUCGCCCUCUCCGACUCUGUCCGCGCCUCCCUCGCCAAACACGCCAACUUCGGCCCCCAAGCCAACGCCCUGUCUUUUUUCUUGCAGCUCGCCCUGCUCGAAGAAACCACCACCACUUCCCCCUUGGGCACUAGCACUCCUUUGGGGACUAGAACUCCUCUGGGGACUGCGGGUGUUGCUCCUAGUCUAGACUUUGAAACAAUCAAAUAUGCCCGUCUUGAUAAGUUAGUCGCUGAACUGACUGUGUGUGGGGAAAUGCCGUUUACGUUGGCGCCGAGGUUUGUGCAUGAUGUGGUUACGGCUGCACGGUUGGAGCAGUUGUGGAGGGGGAGGUUUGGGGUUGAGUAUGCUUUGUUGGAUGAGGUGCGGGUGAGCUAUCUUGCGUCGAGGUGGAUGGUGGGGGCUGGGUCUGGGUCUGGGUCGAACUCAGGGCUGAGGUCGGGGGGUGAAGGAGGAGGAGGGGGGAAGGGAGGAAUAGGGGCAGUGCCGAGACGGGUGAGGGUGCCAAAGUUGUUGGUGGCGAUGCGGCUGUGGCCUGGGGUGAGGAGGGAGCAGGGGAGGGUGUUUAGCCCGGGGGAGUAUUACCUCAACCUACCCUGCGCCCACCUCGACGGCGUCGUCAGCACCGCCCACGAAACCACCAUCAGCACAGCCACCGACGACAUCCCAACCCUCCCCUUACUCACCGGCCGCGAGAUCCACGCCGGCCACCUCCACCACCGCGUCCGCUACCUCCGUGAAGCCACCAGCACCACCCUCUCCCAGUUGCACCCGGCGCUGAUCCCCCACCCGGGUCGACAUGUCCGCGUGCUCAGGGGAUACCAGCUGCGCAGUCCGUUUGCGCCGGCUGUGGGGAUACGGAAUGAUGGGCUAUGGAAAGUCCUCCGCUACGGCGAACGUCUAAUCCACCGCGCCAGCGGCCGGUACCGGCUAGAAAUCGACCUCGAGCAAGUCCCCGGCCAGCCGCCCAUGGCCGAGCUCAUGGCUGUGCCGCGGCCGUCGCAUUUGGACGAUUGGGAUUUGUAUAGACGGUUGGAGCCGGCACCUCCCUUACGGAUACCGAGGCAAUCUGAGAGGGAGGGUGAGGUUCUGGCUCAGGGGCAGACCCGGAAGGGGGCUCCGAGAGAGCAGGAGAAGACAAACGAUAACGGGACGGCGGUGCCGGUCCCGGGGCCAUUGGAGGAUGGAGGACCGGGGAACAGUGUCAAGAAGAAGGAAUACGGCAUGGGCAAAAAAGACACCAAGUCCUCCGGCGGAGGAGGCAAGGCCGACAAGGGCGACAGCAAGUCAAAGAAGGGCAACGGCGGCACGAAGGGGAAAGGUGAUGGAGAUGCCGGGGAUGCAAAGGGGGGUGGGAAAUUGAAGGGGAUGACGAUUAAUGUUAGGCAUAUUUUGUGUGAGAAAUUCGCCAAGAGUGAACAAGUCAUUGAGCGGCUCAACAACGGCGAAAAGUUUGACGCCGUGGCUAAGGAAAUGUCGGAGGAUAAGGCCAAGGCGGGUGGAUCACUUGGCUGGAAGACCAAAGGGUCGCUGGACCCCCAGUUCGAAGAGGUGGCCUUCAAGCUGCCGCCGAGUCCGGUUGAUAGUCCCACAUUCGAGAGGGUCAAGACGGGAUUCGGGUAUCACAUUAUCAUGGUCGAAGGGCGUAAAUAG